CAAGAUUAUAUAAGGUCAUAAAACCAAAAAUGUAAAUAAACAAUCUCAUCAUUAAUCACAGUACAAAUUCGUGAGUCCACGAACCAUCAAAUAUUAUGGGAACGAAGAAGAAGAAGAACCAUCACCGUUCAUUUAUAAGCCAUGCAUGACGUUCCCAGAUGAAGUUGAGAAAGAAGCAGACAUCGAGCACACUCUAGCGAUCAUUAAACCGGAAGCAAUGAUUUACAGAAGACAAAUCGAGGAACGAAUAUACGAGGAAGGUUUCGAGAUACGUCAAACGCGUUGGUUACAAUUAACACCCGAGCAAGCGUCAGAUUUUUAUUCGGAUAAUUACGGACAAGUCUGGUUUGCUCAUCUUGUUGCUUACAUGUCUUCUGCUCCAAUCAUAGUACUCAUGCUAACCAAGCAUCAAGCUGUACAUGAUUGGAGAUUUAUUAUGGGUCCCAUGAAAGUCGCAGAAGCUCGAUUAUAUUUUCCCGACAGCGUAAGAGCAAAAUACGGUCGAAGAGGUGAAGACUUUAAAAAUGCAGUACAUGGAAGUUUGACUCGAGAGAAGGCUGAGAAAGAAAUACAUUUUUUCUUUCCCGAAUCUGUGAUUGAACCAUUGCUGAUAGGAGAAUCACUCGUUGAAUAUUUGUGGGAAACGAUCAACCCAAUUCUCACGGAAGGUUUAGUUCUGUGCUGCAAAUUGAAACCAGCCGAUCCCUUAUUAUGGCUCGCUCAUUGGCUCAUAUUAAACAAUCCCAAUAAGCCACGAUUACCCGAAGAUUUAGCAUUAAUACCAACAUAAGAAACACAAACAAAAAAUUACGUAAUAUUUUCCUUCCAAAAAGAAAAGAAGAGAAAAAUAAAUUAUAUAUUAUUAUCUUACCUAC